ACCAGAGGGGAAAACCAGUUAGGAGCUGGGACUGCAGGCAGAAGGCAGCUGGAAGGUGGGAGGGGCAGCUGUAGUGAGGGUAUUUGGCCCCGUGGUGAGCUCAGAGCCCAGGGAGGGCAGCAGGGAUGAGCAGGGAGACUGGCCCGACCUUCACCUCAGGUGGCUUUAGAGCUGCUGGGAAUGGGGGUGGCUUGUCCUGCCGCGACAACGCCCGGCUCUGCUGUCACCCAGGGUCACCUGCUGCCCUGUUCCCAUAGCCACCACCUGUGCAGUUCCAGUAACUGCCUCUCAAUGGUGUAGUUACCGUCAUUAACACACCAGAGGCUGAAAGUCCCAGGUGUUGCGAAAGAGGCGCUUUCCGAUGCGCAGAGAAACCCUGAGUCAAAAUACACACGCCCGGGGGCAGCGGAGCACGGGCAUGCCUCGACGAGGGGCUGUGUCUGCAGCAGGGUCAGAACCGGGGGGGCACAGCCCCGGUGCUCCCCACAGGGCUGCAGGAGCCCCGCAGGAGCCAGCCCGAGCCGGGGGAAGCAGCGCUCCCAGGGCGGGGAGGCGGAGAGGGCUGUGCCGCUGCUAAGACACGGGAUAAACACAGCCAGGGCUGGAGUGGGGAUGAGUCAGGCAUCGAUCCGCUUGAGCUCCUCAAAAUUACCCUGCUGUAACCAUUCCCUGCACCAGAAACCCCCGGCUGUGGGAGGGCAGGGGCUGUGAGGCCGUGCCCGGUGGGUUGGCUGGAGCCCAGAGCCCCUUGGGGAGGGUUCAGGUGGGCUCUGUUGGGGUCUGGUCCGUGUUCUCCAGCCGUGGUUGGGCCGUGCCACAGAGCAGCCAUUUGGGAAGCUGUUCCUGCUGCACUGAGCCUGGUCCCUUCCAUGUCCUGCCAGCCCCAGCGAGUUCUUCUCUUGUGCUGCUGCUUCUGGACGCUGCCACCACAGCUUUCUCAACGGUGCUGCUGCUGCUGCCAGGUGUGUGGCUGUGCCAGCGGGAGACUGCAGAGCACCCACAGCCUGCAACUCCUCAGGGAGCUGUGCCAUCCUUGUGCCAGCUCACGCUGCCAGCAGGGAUCCUGCCCACUCCCUGUGGCUGUGCAGGAGUUGAUUCCCAAGUGACGCUCUGGUUUGGGGCUUGGAGAAGGUGAUCAAACAGAGCUUCAGACCAGUGAGCCAGGACUGGUGCCCAGCCCCGCACAGGGAGGCAGCUGUGUCACCAGGAGACGAGGGGACAGGCAGGACGUGCCAGGGCUCUGCAGCAGCAGCCUCCAGCCCGGGGUAACCGAGAGCAGCUCCUGUGGCACAACACCAGGCCAUGGACCCCCAGACAGGACAGGAGCCCAUCAAGGUGAUCGGGGUUGUCCUGGGCAUCGGGCUGGCCCUGCUGGUCCUGGCGAGUUUUGGCUACACCUUCAUCCGGUGGUACCGGCGGGGCCACUCCCGGCACCGGCCUGACUUUGUCUUCAACCUCUACCACUCUCGCGGGCUGGGGUCAGUGGCACUGGAGCUGGUGCCACCGUUCAGCAUCAGCGGCUCGCUGGGCACCUCGGGCAGUGGCUACGAGCCCUUCCACAGCCAGGGGCCGUGAGCCCAGCACCCACAGAAAAAGCAACCAAAACUGGCCAGGGGGAAUUCCUCCAUUUUCACUUCUGUAUGAAACAGCCCCUGAAUGUGUUGGAUUUGCACUGAAAUGGCAACAGCGAGUUCCUGCUGCUAAAAAAGCUUCACAGAAUCACAGAACUCUUGGGGCUGGAUGGGACCUCUGGAGACCACCUGGUCCAACCCCCCCUGCCCAAGGUCACCUGCAGCAGGUGACACAGCAACACACCCAGGUGGGUUUGGAAUGUCUCCAGAGAGGGAAACUCCAUGAAUUCCCUGGUGUCUCCUCCAUCUGCAGUUCUCUCACUGUCCCUCUGCAGCCACGGCUGCACAGGAGGUGCCUGGGCCAGCACUGGAGCAGCCUCCCCUCGCCUGGGAUGGAGAAAGAGGAGGCAGCCUCAUCCCAGGGCUCCCCAACACUGAUCCUGGAGAGAGCAGCCACGUUCCCCACGGCUCAGAGACCUCCCAGCCCCCUGCACACCCAGAGACCUGGCACAGCCUGUUCCAGCUGAGGAGGAGCCCCAGAAAUGGGUGACUGGAUUUGUGCAGCUGUGGAAAACGCCGUGAGGAAACGGGAGAUCUGUCUCAGACCUGCUCCUCUUCCAUGCAAAAUCUGCACCGACAUGGAAGUUGGUUCUCCACACUGCCAGUGCAAGGAAAGGCCUCAGAAAGCCUCUGUGGAGUUCCUCCUGGGCUUUUUGUGCCAAUUGCCUUCGGUCUCAGCAGAACAGGGGCUGUGGGAGUGCCUGGAGCAGCCAUGGGGAGACUCUGUGGCCAUGGAGAGGGGCCCAGCUUGGCCAGAGGGGGCUGGCGAGGCACAGGGAGCUUUGGGACCAUUUCUUUGUGAGUUUCUCCCAGAAGAAAAAGAAAGAAAAACUCACGAGAGCUACGUGGUUGUGUGUAGGGAAACCAGUGAGGACAGAGUGGGAUUUCCAGAGAGUCAGAGGCACCAUCUGUGCUCUCGGGUAUCGAAGCUAAACCCUGUGGUCUGCGGUUUUCUCUGGGCUGAAAGGAGAUCUCUGCCUGCUCCUGGAGAGGGGGAAAUGCCACCUCCCGGGGCCUGGGAGCCCUCGGUGGUGAGCAGGAUCAGGCAGAGCCCUGCACAAAGCAGGAUCCGGCCGUGGGGCCUGACGUCAGCAGCAUUUAAAAGAAAACAAAAAAGCACCACGCUUUUGAUAACUCUGUGUUCCAGAGGAAGCUGAAAAAAAUAAAAAAGAAAGCAAAAAGCCCUAACCCCCAAAAUACAGAGAGGCAGAAGAGAUGGGGCCAGUGGAGGGGCAGGAGGAGGCUCCCAGUGCCCUCCAUGUCCCUGUGGGAUGCAGGGAUGGAACUCACGUGUGAGCAGUGCCACGUGAGGUGCAAGAGAAGGAAACACAGCAAGGGGCAGCCCCCUCCUCCUGCCUGCGCUGGAAAAGCUGAAAAUAA